AUGGCAAAAGCAGAGAUUCCCGUCAUAUCAUUUGAGCCGUUCCUCAAAGGCGACUCAGAGCAAAGAAAGGCUGUGGCCGAUCAGAUCUACCGAGCAUUCCACGACAUUGGGUUCCUUUACUUGAAAGACUCUGGUAUCUUGCAGGGAAGAGUGGACAGCAUUUUUACUCUGGCAAGACAAUUCUUCGAUCUGCCCUUGGACUUCAAAAAAAGAUAUACUAUUCGAGAUCCAGCCGAGAACCAAGGCUACUCACCUAAACUAGCAGGCGAUCAUCGAGAGUCGUAUGAGCAUCGGCGCUUCACCAACGAGCUCUGUCCAACCUCUCAAGAGUUGACUGAUCACAAUCCGGAAAUUGCGAACUUUCAAGUGAUCAUGGACGAGUUCUACAAAGAAUGCUUCGCCCUGUCGGAACAGGUACUUAAGUGUCUGGCACUGUCCCUGGGCCUCCCUGGUGGGGAGCAUUAUUUUGACUCAAUGAUGGAAAGAUCCGAUCCGCAACUGCGUAUCAUGCACUAUCCCCCAGUGCCAGCUGCCAGCGUCACGGCGUCCAGAGGGGCAGAUGACGCUGGUGAAAAGAGGGCCAAGCCUCACUGUGACUAUGGCUUUUGCACGCUAUUGUUCCAAGAUGGGGUUGGAGGCCUCGAGGUUGAUCCAUUUCACACAGGGAACUAUAUCGCGGCUAAGCCUAUUCCUGGCACGGUCUUAAUCAAUAUUGGCGAUUUGCUUCAUAGACUACUCAACGGCCGUGUCAAAAGCACACUUCAUCGAGUUGUUGCUCCGGCGGUGGAAGUGGCCGACGAGUCUGGAAUGCUGCCAUCGAGGUAUUCAAUUCCUUUCUUUGUCCAUCCCGAUGAGAGGGCCAACAUCAACCCUAUUGUCUUGAGCGACCAAGAGGAACAGCUUUACAAGGGCGUCAAUGCAGGCAUCUGGAGGGCAUGGCGUACUUCGAGAUUUUAUAAUGUGCCCGAGAAGGAAAAGUAUUUCCUCGACCAGCUUGGAAUUGCCCAUGAACUUGUACGCACUGCCAUAAUCAAUUGA